AUGGAACCAUUUCGAGAAUACAAAACGAACUGUGGAUUCUCACCUGGGAGACCGAGAUUCCGAUCGAUUAAGGUUAAAAUUCCAAACUUUCAACCUUUUGUAGCUGAAAAAGCAAAAGACGACAUAGAAGAAGAUCACGUUGAAGAAGAAGCUAAAAGUCUUGGUCUCGGGGAAGAAGAAGAUGAUGGAGCUAAGAGUAUGGAUCUGGAAGAAGGCGAUGUGGAAGAAGAAGAGAAGAAGCAUAUAUGUUGUGAAUGUGGUAAAGGGUUUAAGUCAGGUAAAGCUUUAGGAGGCCAUAAACGGAUCCAUGUGAUCGAAACUCGGAAAUUCUCUAUGGUGAGACCAAAGAUGGUGUCUGGUGUGGUUGGUAGAUCUGAAACUGGUGAAUUCGAAGUUGAUUGUUGUGUCUGUCAUAAGAAGUUUACAUCGAUGAAGGCUCUAUAUGGACACAUGAGGUUUCAUCCAGACAGAGGAUGGAAAGGAGUCUUGCCUCCUCCUCACCCUCAUCCACUUGGCUAUUCGUCGUCUUCUACACUCUCUGUUGAUGAUCAUGAUGGUGAGUUUGUAAACUCGGAUUUCGAUGAUGAUGAGGAUUAUGAUAAUAUUAAUGAUGAUGAUGAUGAUGAUGAGAACUCGGAGUUAUGGGAUAGCAAUCACUGGGAAUUGGGACACGUUCUUGACCUUAAGGACUCGAUCAAAGGAUGGCCUGUGACAGGGAGGAGAGGAAGGAGAGGCGCUUUGAAAGAUAUUGAUGCUAAGGGUCUAUUGUUCUUAGCUACUACUGCAGAAUCUGCCAAUCUCGACGCUGCAGAGACUUCUGAUUCUCAUUCCGUUGACGAGAUGAUGAAGAAGAGGAAGAAGAAGAAGAAGAAGAAGAAGAGAUUGUCUGAGAUGGAGAAAGAAUCAUCAUUUACUACUCAUGAUCAUGACCAUGACCAUCAUCAGCUUGAGCUUGUUGUUGUUGCUGCAGCUGAGGAAGGUGGUGGUGGUCCACGUGAGAAGCACGUGUGUGUGACCUGCAACAAGUCGUUUACUUCUUAUCAAGCUUUGGGAGGUCAUAGAGCAAGUCACAACAAGGUCAAGAUAUCGGAGAAUCAUCAAGCUAGGGCAAACAGCGAAGCUUUAUUGCUUGGAACCGAAGCAAUAAUAACCGGUUUGGCCAGUACUCAAGGAUCAAACGCGUCUUUGAGCAGUAGCAACAAUGGAGAUCACGUUUGUAACAUUUGUCAUAAAAGCUUCCCAACAGGUCAAGCUCUGGGAGGUCACAAGAGAUGCCAUUGGACUGGUCCAGUUUCUAGUACUGAGGCUGCAACCGCAGCUCCAACCGCUACAGCAGCAGCAGCGUAUUCUAGUCAAGUAACAGAGACAGUGCAAGAGGUGAAGAACUUGAAGAGAACGUUUUUGGAGUUUGACUUGAAUGAGUUGCCACCUAACGAAGAAUAA